GACGUGCGUGACGUCGCGUUGUAGGCUUCGCUAGUUUCCUCAACCAAACACUCAAUUGAUAUUGUGUGAUAACAACUGGAAGUCAACCGGUGGACGAGGGGCUAGUUAGUCUAAAAAAGCACACGAAACCCGAAGCCCUCUUCGAUACAAACAAACUCAGUCGUUUCUGUGUCGAAACGUGUCUUAUUAGCGAAGAAAACGGCGAAAAUCCUUGCUUUUAAACCCACCAAAGGCUGGUUUUUAUUUAGCUUGUUUGCUGAAAGGCGGGGAAUACAAAGCGACUUGUCGUCAAAUCUAUCACAUUUGGGACUUAUUGAAGCAAAACGGGAUUACUACAAAGCCAGUUCGUGCUGCUGUGACUGGUCAGCGAUAGUACAUGGAUUAUCUGUGUUUCCGGGCACUGUGCUGUAAAGGACCCCCGCCGCCAAGAACUGAGUAUGAUGUGGUGUGCAUUGGCCUGACAGGUGCUGGAAAGACCAGCCUGCUCUCACGCCUCUGUAGUGAGGGCAGCGACGGCAUCGUUCCUACAACAGGUUUCAGCAUCAAAGCGGUGCCAUUUCCAAAUGCUGUCUUGAAUGUGAAAGAACUUGGAGGAGCCGACAAUAUUAAGAAAUAUUGGAGUCGUUACUACCAGGGGUCACAGGGUGUAGUCUUCGUAUUGGACAGCGCCUCGUCGGAUGAGGACCUUGAAGCAGCACGUAACGAGCUCCACUCGGCCCUGCAGCACCCGCAGCUCUGCACCCUGCCUUUUCUCAUCCUCGCCAACCACCAGGACAAGCCUGCUGCAAGGACGCCAAACCAGGUCAAGAAGUACUUUGAGCUGGAGCCACUGGCCAGAGGGAAGCGCUGGAUCCUGGAGGGCAGCACCACCGACAACUUGGAGGCAGUGAAGGAGAGCUUUGGUCAGUUCAUUAGCCUGUUGGAGGACAAAGACACAGAGCCUGCAAGGAUAUGAUGCUAACACUGCUAAUGCUAAGAGACAUUAGCGGCUAACGACAAAGAAACACCGCAUCCUGCUGGUGCCCAUGUACAUACACUCAUGCACAGACACAAACAUGCACACACAAGAAAAUGCAGCAGCUGUUGGCCUCUCUCUUUGAGAAGUGGAUUGUAUGUUGUCCUCCCUUCACUGCGCUCUCAUUUUUCAAAUUGGAAGAGUGUGUGCACCAGUCAGUCACUACAACCCGACAGAGGAAAGCUGCCAUUAAACCCACCCAAUGUAAAGCAGUUUGUCAAGAAAACUCAUUGAACUUUGCCAGAAAUGGAAAUCUUGUUUACUACUGUCUGUGCCAUUGUGAUUAAACCAAUGGCAUGUGGGACAUAUGGCAUUCCUUCAGUCAUCAUUGGACAUGAACACACACACAUUCUCAAUCUUACACAAACACACGCUGCCACACACAAAGUGGAGCCCAGGUUGUCUGUAGAUAUGUUUAACAUCUCCAGUAAUUACUUUACAGGAUGUUUGGGUGGGCUCGGUUGAUGUUCUUUCCACUGAGAAGUACUGUAUGGCUGUCAAGUGUGCUUUUCUGUUUGACUCGGUAACAACGAAUGCCGUUGUGUGAUUGGAGUCCAAAGCCUUGUGUUAUGUAUGGUAGUUACAUAUCAGUGUAUCACACCGUAUCUGAAUAUCUAAUCUGAAUAGUGUUGUCUAAGUAUUAUGUACAUGCAACAGGCAUAUUGCUGUGUACCCUCCUGUGCAGCCAUACACAGGUACUACUAAUUAUGUAACUAAGUGCUAGGUGACCUUAUAUAGACCAUUUGGAGGAAGCGGGAACAAGUCUGAAUGCUUUUAUAAAUCAGAAUCUGAUUUUUUAUAUAUCAUACCACACUUCUUUCAAAUCAAAGAAGAAAAAAAAAAAAGAGAAAAAAAAACAGCCACCAUGAUUGACAGGGCUGGUACAGAAAUGUGAUGGAUUUGGUUUCAUUUCAGUGUUGAGCAAAUGUCAUGUUUGUUUUAGUUUUUCUACAUUUUUACUGUUUUUCUUUUUCCUUUUUGAAUUUGACAUAAUCCCUCUCCACACUGGCUGGCGACUCCAGUCUCCCAUCAGGGUGGAAUACAAACUCUAUCAAUCAGCCACAGCAACAGCUGCAUCUGACAAGUCCCUGUCCGACACCCUAAUGCCUUCCAACUGUCUGUGAAGACCCCUCCCUGUCUGCUGUUUAUCGUGGACCCCCGCCCCACCUCAUCCCAACCCGUCCUAACCAACACUACCCCUCCACUCCAGCUCUGCUCCCUGUCCCCAUUACUGCUCUCUGUUUUUUUAUUUAUUUUUUUAAUCCCAGAUGCCAUUGUUCAGCGCGGCUGCCCUUGUGUGGACUCCACACCUCUAGAACAAGUCGUGCUCGUUGUGCCACAGGUGUUUGCUUGUCCCCAAGAUGUGCCUCAGUAAUGUUCACACCUCCUUCCUGCAUGCUUUUGUAUUUCCAUUGCUGUUCGUUGACUAUUUUGUCAGGUUUUACGAGAUUGAAUCACUUUUUGUACCUGACUUUGUGAGAUCUGCCAGGUAGUUUUUUUUUACAAUCUGGAUGGGUCGGUGCAUUCGAUCUCUUGAAUGCAAAAUAAUUGGACUUUGCAUACCAUCUGCUCACACCUAGUUUUCAAAAAUCUUCACUGCAGUCUUUUUUUUUUUUUUUUUUUUUUUUUUUCCAAUCAUGGGUUUUGUCUAAAAUGGCAAUUAAAGUUUUAAAAAUUGAAAUGUC